GACAGCAUAAGAGCAAAAAAACUCUCUUAAAAAAAGUUAUUAAAAGUUAAAUAUAGAUAAGGGAGAUCAAUAUGCUUGAUAACAACAUGGCGGACAGUAUGGCCUGCAUAUUGUCAUUGAUUUAAUGUGAAUGGCACAUGGUACAGAUAUUGACUAAAUUUGUUAAGUGCAGAUUAGCAUCAUCAUGGAUUCCUUUGUAAGUGAAGGAGUGACAAAUAGGAUGAAAAGAAAAUAUCAGUUUGAUAACUCAUUGUCCGAGUUAGAUACCCAGGAUUUGUUUUCUGCAAAUACCAGACACAACCUGAUGGAAGAUUUUGGGGAAACUCCUUUAAAAUCUUCAAGAGUUUCACAUGUAGGAUCUAGAAGUUUUUUGAACACAACACCAACACAAGAGCUGAAUUUGCUUAAAAAAGAAAAUAAUUUGAAAGAUGCUGAGAUUAUAGCACUCAGAAGCAAUAUAACUAACCUAGAAAAUCAAAUAGCUAAACUGAGUGAUGCAGCACGUCAAGCAAAGAUUGAGUUUGAUAGUGAAAUGACCAAGAUGAAAACUGAGAAAGAGAGAGACAGGACCAAAUUGACAGAGAUGAGAUCUAAGGUCCAGUUUGUCAUGGAGAGAGAGAAGAAUACAAAAGAGGAGAUGAACAGAUUACAAGUUGACAAAGACAAGCAAAUUUUGGAGUUAAAAACCAAAUUAGUAGAAGUGCAGAAUGAUAAAAUACUGGCCUCAGAUUUGGCUCAGCAGAACACUGCGAAGCUGCUAAAAGAAAAAGAAGACAUCUGGAACACAUUUUAUCAGAUGAUGAGUGAGAAGUCGAGCCUCCAGAGUAAAUUGAAUGAAGCUGAGGCCCAACUUGCUCUUAGGAAAACAGCGCAGGCCCAAAAUGAAGAGUUGCGCAAGGAACUGGAAGAAAUAAAGCAAGCUUUGGCUGAGGAACAACAGAAGAAUAAGGUUUUGGAAAAUGAGUUUUCAGAACAGGAAGACAAUAUUAUGAUAACAAAAGCCAGAAAAAGUGACCUUGACCUAGUGCCUAAGAUGAAGAUUGAGCUAGAGAAACUAAGACAAGACAAUGAACAGUUAAGGCAAAAUGAACAAAACACCUUACUGCUGGAAGAAGAAGUACGAAGCUUGAAAAGCAAGCUAGAGUAUGCUCACACAAUGCAGGAGAAGCUUGCUGCAUUAGAAGUAGAAAAUGAGGAACUUCAAGGAAGGCUGCAGCGAUGGGAGGCAACAGAUUCUAGUGGCAGUAGGAGACCAAUGUCUCCAAGUUCUUUGUCCAGAAGAAUUCUAGAGUCUGAAACACUUCAGGCCAGUUUGGUUUUAGCCAAUGGAGAAUUGCAGUCGGAACAUACCUUGACCUUACGUAAGCUAAAUCAAGCUGAAGGGGAGAUAAAAAGAUUGACAUUGGAGCUUUCAGCUAAAGAACAAAUGAUUGCUCUUCAGUUGGAGAAGGAAAAAAGGGCAUGGAGGAAAGAUCUGCUUUUAACAAAGGAGAGAGACAGCUACAAAAGCCUGUUAGAUUCUUACGAGAGUGAGGUCACUGUCAACUUCGACAGUCAGAGAAAGAGCCAGGUCUUAAAGCUUGAAGAGGUUAUUGCUGGACACAAAGAACAGAAUUCAUCUCUGGAAUCAGAGAUAAGAUCACUGUCUGAGAAACUGAUGACAGCACAGAUCAAAUAUGAACAGGUGAAGCAAAAUUUUGAUGGUGUACAACAAUCUGAGCAACAAAAAUCUUCUAGGGAAAGUGAAGACUUGAUCAAACAGCUCCAAGAGAGAAUUGCUGUUUUAGAAAACACUUUGUUGAAGACGCAAGAAGAAAGAGACAUACUGGAGGCUAGGAUUGAACAGAGAGAUCUACAGGGUGACUACGAUCCAUCGAAAAUAAAAAUUAUACAUUUCUCCAUGAAUCCGUUUGCCAAGGCCCAGAAAGCUCAUCAAGAUGAACUUCAAAAGUUAAGGGAGGACAAUGAAACACUAAAAAAACGAAAUCAGAUCCUCGAGGAGAAAGGUCAUGUGGCGGACAUCACAUUGCAAGUUCAAGAGAAAUUGAAACAACCUUCACCCAGCAAGGAAGUUGAAGAAAUCAAAGCUCAGUUGAAAAGGGAGGAAACUAGAAACAAACGUCUAAUGGAAGUGUUUAAGAAAACUAGUCAAGAGUUUCGUGAGAUCUGCUACCAGCUGACUGGUUACAAAAUAGAUAUUCCAUGCACAAACCAGUACAGGUUAACUAGCAUGUAUGCAGAAAGUCCUCAUGACUAUCUGUUGUUUCAGCAAAAUGAAAAGGGAGAGAUCCUAAUGUUACAAACAGACUUUUCUCUGACACUACAAGAACCUAUGGAGAUGUACCUCCAGAACCAAAACAGUAUCCCUAUGUUUCUAAGUCACAUCACAAUGGAUUUGUUUGGCAAGCAGACCAUGAACUUAGGGUGACCUUGCUUGCAUUUUAAUGUCUAUGUAUGUUAGUGAUCUGUUGAUUUGUAUCUAUUGGAAUAUGUUGUACAGUUUUAGAUUUAAAGAAAGAUGCAAAAUAAUAAAAAACAAAACAUUUUAAAUGCCUUCAACUGUAA